CUACAAUAUGUUCCAAAUAACACCAUUAUGGAAACACUGAAAGGACCAUUUAACGUUCUGUACUUCGUAUGGAGUUCGUAUGGGCACGUAACGAGAAUGGUCUACAUAACCAUGGUCCGUUGGAAGGGAGGAAGAGGAGUCAACCAAAAUAGAAAUGGAUGGAACGUAUUUCUGAGGCGAUCGUAGCAAGAGUACUUCAGGAGGAAGAUUGCUAUGAUAGGAAGAAAUGGCGACAGUGCAUAUUGGGCUAGGACAUAAGGAUACACAGUUCAU